AACGGAGUUGUGCCGUCAAAUGAUGGAGUCUUGACUUUGACACCAUUGGUUGAUUUAGUUGCAGGUUACGGAGACGAUUUUUCAGUUCUUCCACAUCAGCUUUAAUUUUCUUGCUCUUUUGAAAUUUGCGUUUUUAGUUCCUGUAUUUGUGAGGUCACUUGUGAAUACAUCCGUCCUGUUCUUUCAACUGUACUGAUACUUGACUUGAUAUCUGCGUUGACAGCUCUGUUAUUUGGGAUAACUUUGUUGUUAAGCAUGUGUCCAGUUCUUCCAUUCGCGUUGACCAACGCGCGUCCUGCGCUUCAAACUGUGAUUGCUGCUGGGAUUUCAUCUCCUUCAUUUCUAAUGGCUGCGCCUGGAACUGUGACGACAUCUGCGAUGACAUCUGGGACAUUGCAGACAAAAGUUUGUUCAUGUGCAGUACCCCUGAUGAACACGGAGUCCUUUUCCUCAAUUUUCGUUGUCGAUUCCUCUAACAGCGAUUCAAAAACAAAUUCGUCCACGUUGAUGUUUUCUUCUUCCAUGGCUUCUCGCAAACGGGCAAACAGCUCACGCUUCAGCCUACAUUCCUGUGUACCAAAUUUUUCUUUUAUAGCCUUUCCUUUUGGCUGAAAUAUAUCACUUUACAACUUUUUGGUUAACAACAUGUUCUGGGUAUUCAUCAACAUAUCUCAAUUUCUACUCAAGCGUGUUACAAAAUAUACUCUGUGCAAAAUAUUACGAGGGUAUAAAAAGGCUUUCAGAAGUAUUAGGUAAACUUUUAUCAUAUAUUGUACGUAAUAUUUCUGUCGAUUUUCUAACAUUGCUUCUGAAACAUUUGUCUUUCCAAAUUCCAUUAAUGAGAGUGGGAAAAUAUACACGUUUAUAAAAUAAAAUAUACACAGAGUUUUUUGAAUAGGAUCACUUAAGGGUUAACUGAAUUAAGAGGAGUGUUAAAAUAUGUUUACAAUAGACUGUUAUUAUUAUCCUUAUAAAAUAAACCGUCAAAAUUUAUCCAAGUGAAAGAAUAAAGGAUAACAUAAUGUUUAAGAAAAAAACGGAAAAUGUUGUUCACAGAUGUUCGGUACGUCUAUUUGAAGACUUCAGUGUAGUUGAGUAUGAGUUUUUGUAGAUUUUGUACGCGGCUUUAUUAUGUUUUGGUUGUGGUUCUCCCUCUCGCCUUUGAUUCCAGUCCAGUGUAUUUGUGGGUGACUUAAGACACUCACAAAGGAAAUUAUCUUAUGGACCAACUGUGCCACCGAUUGGAGAUAAAGGAGAAGGAUUAUUUUGGGCUGCGUUACGUGGAUAAUACCAAACAAAGACAAUGGUUGGAUUUAGGAAAGCUUAUAAUAAAGCAAUGUAAAGAUAUACAUCCUUUGAUAUUUUCAUUUCGUGUAAAAUUUUAUCCAGCAGAACCGUUUCAUUUAAGUUUAAAUGUCAGAGUUUUGUUGUAUAAGCAAUUGAAGCGCGAUCUAAAUCAUGGACGUAUUUAUUGUUCAAGUAAUGAGAUAGUAACAUUGGGAGCACUAAUUGUACAAGAACAAUUUGCUGACUACGAUGAAAAUAUACACACAGGUGACUACAUAUCUCAUAUUCGGCUCUCUGCUCGUCAAACAGAUGCAAUUGAAAAAAAAAUUAUUAAGAAACAUAAAGAACGAAAACCUGGACAAGAUCCCAAUAGUUUAAUAGAUGAGUUCUUAGGAAUAUCUCGUAAUCUGGAAACAUAUGGUAUAGAACCUCAUUAUGUUAAAGACCAUCAGGGUGUCCAAAUGUAUAUCGGAAUAAACUUUUCUGGUAUAAGCGGAUUUAUUUCGGGCAAGCGUACACAACAUUUCCGAUGGAAUGAAAUACGAAAAUUAAAUUUUGAGGGCAAAAUGUUUAUAGCACAUAUAGGCUAUAUGGACACAAGUAGAGAAGUUAAAAAAUAUACAAUUGGAUUUAAAUGCACAUCUGGUGCCGCAUGCAGAUAUCUUUGGAGGUGUGCGGUUGAACAUAUGCUGUUUUUUACGCUUCCUAACUGUCAGAAUGCAUGUGUUAACUAUGGCGGUGGAAUUUUCUCGCGUGGGGCAAAAUUUAAAUAUAGUGGACGAACAGAGCGAGAAAUUUUGAAUGGCAUCAUAUACUCAUCCUAUUUCCCAGUAGAAGCCAAAAGUUUAGAAAAUAAAAAUAAAUCCAACAGCGUACCAGUGACACCAUCCAGUCCAAAAGGAGACUUUUCGUAUUACCGGUACAACAGCUUGCCUCGAUCAGGGUUAUCUGUAGCAGAUUCGGAUAUUUGUAACCAGAACCAAUACUUCAUGGAUUUUAAGGAUUUUUUAGGGAUUCAAAGUCAGUGCGUAAAUCAACAGCAGUCAGAUGUGCAUGAUGCUGCUAACACACACAUUUUUGAUAGUAAUGACGCAAAUAAACCCCAUUCAAACUAUGCUCGGGCCUCGUUAUGUCAAAAUAAAUCAAACAAUAUAAAAUAUGAUUUGUACAGCUCAUUAUCAAAAUCCUCUAUGAACAAAAAUAUGGAUGUGGGUAAUACGACUCAUUUAUAUAAAAAGUUCAACAAUACCAAAAACAAUAAAAAGCCUCGGAUUUUUCAUGUGUGUCGCUCAUUUUUCCCUUCAGUGGUUUUAGUUAUAAUAAUUAUGACCCUAACUGCGUUUAUUGUUUUUGAAUUUAACACAGAACUAUUUGACUGCAUUCGUAAUGCUCCUGAAAUGAGAAUUUUGAUUGAUAAUUAUUAUAUACCAUUAAAGCAAUUAAUUAAAGGUAGUGUUAUUAACUAAACUUUUUUCAUUACAUCAACUCGGCAGUAGUUUGGAAAAAUCCUUGCAAUCAAGAACUUUAUCAAUUAUUUAUAAAAUAUUUUAUUUUCCACCUAGCAUAAACUAUGAGUUUAUUGAGUUGAAUGUCACGCAGAAUAACAGAAAUAUUACUGUUGCACUGUAUAAAUAUAGAUACAUAUGUAUGUACAUACAUAUAGCUGAGUUCCAAGUUGCAUGUUGUUAAUAUAUGCGAAGUAUUGUGUACCAAUUAUUUUAUACGCAUCAAUUGUCCACACAUCAAGCAUAUUACGUAUCAAACAUUUUUUCUAUGCCCAAAUUUUUGAAUUAUUGUAAAAUCGAUACACAAUAAUUUUUAAAAACUAAUUCGGCAUCGGUACUAUAUCAAUGCAAAGCAACAUACAAUUCAGAACUCAGACUAUUCAAUAUUAAAUAGGAACAUAGAGACGAUGUUACAAAAUGAAAACAUAAAAUAUAUUUCAAUUUAGAGUUUAGAGAAUAUGUAUAUAGUUUCGUGGAAAUGGGUAAACAAUUAGAACGCGUGGGACUUUCAUAGGUGGCAUUUCUCAUACGAGAUAAAAUAAAAGUAUUCGGUUAUUUUAUGUGCAGUUCGGACUGUCCGCCAACAAGUAACUAGUUUAAAUAUAAAUGAGACUACGAUUAGAUGAGACUAAGACCAAAAAUUGCUUCAAAAGAGGUUUGUCAUGUUGACUAC